AUGUUACGUGCUUCGAGUGUGAAGCAGUCUGCCAUCUUCAUGAUCCGCAAAUUCAACAAUGUGCACACAUGUUCCAUAGAUUAUCGCCAUAAUGCACAUCGAUAUGCCACCAGUUCCGUAAUUGCUGAGCAGAUUAUGGGGAAAUUGAAUAAUACGUACGGAUCGUAUGAUCCUACUGCUAUUGCUCGUGACAUAGAACGUGAGUUUGGUGUGAAAAUUAGUUAUCAUCAAGCACGUCAGGGAAAGAUCGCUGCUUUACAUUUGCUACAUGGUACACCGGCUUUCGGUGCAAGCAUUCGGGGUUACUUGCAGUACAUGAGGCCCGUUAUUUGUGUUGACAGCAGUCACUUGAAAAGUCCGUAUAAAGGUACUCUUCUAUUGGCAACUGCUCAAGACGCCAACAAACAGAUUUAUCCGUUAGCGUGGGGGAUUGUUGAUGCCGAAAUGAAUAAAUCGUGGAUGUGGUUUUUAUCAAAUUUGAAAGAUCUUGUAGGUGACUCGGACGAAUUGGUGUUUGUUUCCGACAUGAAAAAUAGUAUUGAAAAUGCCAUUGCUCACCUAUUUCCUCGGGCUCACCACGAGUGUUGUGUUUGGCAUAUGGAAAAGAAUUUAAUCCAGCAGUACAACAAUGCAAGUUCAAUAUUUCUAUUCAAAAGAGCCGCAAGAACUUACCGGACCGAAGAGUUUGAAAGACUUAUGGGACAGCUUUGUAGGGUUAGUGCAAGAGCAUAA